AUGCUUUCCCCUCUGAUAUACUUGCUGGUAGGCUUUAUGCCACUAGCCACCCAAGCCUCACUAGUUGCCAAUCUAGACAUUUCGGCAAAGGUUGCAGCCCAGUAUGGGUGCAAGGGAGCGUGCUACAAAAACUUCCAAGCUGGUUUGGCUGCCGAUCGCGAGUUUUAUGGUGCCAUCUACGACGACGACUUUUAUGCCACAGCUUCCAACUUCUCUUCUUCCAAGCCAGGCGACGUUCUCAAGUUCAAGCCUAUCAACGCCAGUCUCUUGACCGACAUCCCUGAAGGCACAGCAGCAUACAAACUCCAGUACGUGUCCAAGGAUUUAUACGGAAGGAAGGUUCCGGCCACGGGUUUUAUUGCCUUUCCUUAUGCUACUCGGAGGAACGAUCAUAAGUUUCCUCUUAUUGCUUACGCACACGGAACUUCUGGUGUGUUCCGCGGUUGCGCCCCCUCAGCGAUGCCAAACCUGUAUGAUUAUAACAGCUGGUCACUCCUGAUCAGACGCGGGUACGCUGUUGUUGCGACGGACUAUGCAGGCUUGGGAAAUAACUACACAAGUCACCAGUAUCUAGCCUCCCCAGCACAAGCAAACGAUGUGUACUAUUCUAUUGUCGCGGCCCGCAAACUGUUCGGAGCGUCUCUUACAAGUGAAUGGAUGAGCGUCGGCCAUUCUCAAGGUGGCGGUGCUGCCUGGGCACUGGCCGAGAGUCCACUGCUGCGUCAAAACUGUCCUGUCGGCAAAUAUCUUGGCACAGUGGCACAGGCACCUGGUGUUCGUCUUAAAGAGAUGGCUAUCGCUGCCCUUGAGUCAGAUUCGUCAUCGGACGUCACUUCCUCCCGCGGCGUUCUGGGUGAGGUGGGAUGGGUCAUUAUAGGUCUUCGAUCCAUCCUCCCCAAGGACAGACAGAGUUGGUUGAAGCCUGCAUUCCGAAAGCGACUCGAACUUGCAACUCUAGCACAAGCCUGUUACGCGUCGGCUCAGGCCCUAGUUUCGGAUCUUGGCGUGGAAGAUAUUGUGGACUUUACCGACACGGGCUUUCUCAAGGCUAUCGAUGCCAUGCAGAACUUCACCGCCAGGGGCGAGGGGAAGAGUCAGCAACCUAUUCUGGUUGUACAAGGACUAAAGGAUGUUUCAGUCUUGCCGGAAGUGGUCGAAGAAUCGUAUCGAGUUGGCUGUCGCUCGCGUAAUGAGCUGCACCUUGAACUCUACCCUGGCAUGGACCAUGAUCCUGUAAUCGCUGCUGCAUCGCCCUACUUUCUCCAGUGGAUCGAUGAUCGUUUUGCUGGAGUCACGACAAGUGGUAAAUGCACCAACCAUACGACCCAACCAUUUGAUGCUGUCAACAUGUACGCUCCGGAUGAUACUGACUAG